AUGGCGUCCCCUGGCUUACUAGACAGAGGUACGAGCGAAGUUAUCAAUCCCGACACUUAUUUCGAAAUACAUAAACCCCCACGUACGUUAGCAGAAGACGAAGUGAAAGUCAGGGAAUUCGUGAACAAACACAGGGACAACAGAAGAAUAGUUCUGGUGACCAGCGGAGGAACCACUGUCCCACUGGAGAAUAAUACC